AUGAUUUCAGAGUUGGUGUUGGCAAAGGCAGAAAUGCAGCGAAUGUCUUUGGAGAACGAGAGAAAUAUCGAAGCGAGCUUUGGCCGUGAGCAGGCCCUUCAACGCGAGUGCAAGGCAGCUUCGGCUCUCCUGGGGAAGAUGCAAGCGCAGCAAGCAGAAUUUUCUCGUGCCAAGUAUCAGGAGUCUGAAGCAUUGAAAGUCCAGUUAGUUUCUCUAAGUGGGGAUUUGUCAAAGCAGCUGGAGCUUGUAGAUGCCAAGGUGGAGGAAGCGAACACCCUGAAGGAGAAGUUUGAAGCAUCUCAGCUUGAGCUCGAAAGGUUUUCUGCCGAAUACUGCAUCUUACAAGAUGUCCUUCUUCAAGACUGUGGCGAGGACUUGCCGCUAGUUCAGAAUGAUUCCGAACAACGAGAGUUCAGUGCCCUUCAGUACCUCAAGAAGCUGCUGAACAUCGCAAAACGCAAGAGAGAGGCCCUGGAAGACCAGCUUGCUAAAAAAGAGGAGCAGUUUAAUCUACUUCAGCAAAACUAUCAGUACUUAAAGGACCGGUACAAGUGGCCGUUACAAGAUCUCGGGGCAUUUGUCCGGGGCAUCAUCGAAGCAUUUGUCCGGGGCAUCAUCGAGCACACCAAGCAGUCGUCAGAAGCUGCAGUGUCUCGUGAAGCAAGUCAGCUGGAAGACUUGAACCGUAUGCUGGCAGUUCUUCAGGAACGGGUCACAUCCUUGACAGUUAGGAACGAGCUCCUCGCUCAAGAAAGUCAGCAGUGGAAAUCAUCUUGUGAAGAUGCGAGUGAAAAAAUCAGAUGCGUGUCUAAUGAAAGUCGCCUCUGGCAGCAGAGACACGAAAAGGUGGCGGAGACUUUGAGAGAGAGAGAGAGAGAGAAUGCUGUUAAGUGUAACAAUUCGUCGCAAACGGAAGCAGACGGAAGCUCCUUUACCGAGAAUGCAGAAACAAAGUGCGAGAGGUUAGACGGGAAAGCCAGCAGCCUCCUAAAACGCAACGGAAAGCUAGAAAGCGAAGCCAACAUUUUGUGGUCAGAACUUUCCUGCCUGGAGGAGCAAGCUAAAAUGCUCGUCAGCGACAACAAACAUUUUCAACAGCUAGCUGAGAACUUAAAACAGGCACGACAUUGCCUCGAGGAGGAGUUGAAGACUCAGCGCGAGCAGCACGUCAAGGCCACCAAGGAGAUGGAGAACGAGCACUGCACUGCGCUGGACGAAGCGGCUAAGUGUGAGGCAGCACUAUCAGCGCUGAAGACAGACCACUCCCAGCUGUUGGACAAGUAUAACCACAUUGUAUACAGACACAGGAACCUGCAGGAAGAGUUUCACGCGGCAGCCCAAGAGAAACGCAGUUUGGAGGACAGGUGCGCUCAGCUCACAGAAGAGUGGGCAACAGCCAGACGAGCUCUCGCAGUCUUCGAGGAGCAGCAGGGCGCAGUGGGACAAAAGAUCAUGCAGGAGCUGCAAGAGCUGUGGCAAGCAAACCAGCAGUUGCAAGAGCACUUUCGCCUCCUCAAGGACAAGCAUCUCAAGGCUGAAGAACGGUUGGUACAGGCGCCAAACCAAAAAGUGGAGGCCUCGAUGGAACAUGUCACCGAGGGCACUGGGGGUACAGCGAGAACUUUGGAGGCACCAGCAAGCCGAGUCGAGAUAGAGGAACUCUCCCGGCAAUACGAGCCCUUUUUGAAACAGUCUCGUGCCGAGGAGAACAAAUGGAACCAGAACAAGCAGCAGCAGAAACACAUUGCGGACUUACAGGCGCAGCCGGUACCACACCAAAGAAGCACAUGGAACAGCAGAAACGAAUACAGCUGCUGA